AUGAAUAGCAUGUAUGGAAAAAGUCUUGUGGUGCUAACUCCUUUGAAACAGAGUUCCAAUCAUAAUAUUGCACGAAUUCAUCGGUUUCGUGCUCACCUGUUGAUGAUUUAACGUUUUUUAGUUAUUCAGAGAGUAUGAAGUUAUCGACUCGUACAAUGUUCUGCACGUUGGGGCUGGUUCUCAUGUGGGGAUCGUUGUCAACAAGCUUAUGCCGGCUAAUAUCGGUGUUUUGAGAGGAAAGUUGUUUUGUUUACUUAUGAAUUAAUUUUUCAGAAGAUUUCGAGAGCGACGUUGCCUUAUCGUUUUCUGUGUGGCUUACUAACAGGAAGAAAGACGGGAAUGAUCAAAUAGAGCAAGUUCAGGUAACCAAAAAGGUUUCGAAUGAUUUUUCGGUAUUUUUUUUUCAGGAGAAACGCUCGCUUCUGUUCAAACUGGGCGCUGACAUCGAAUUGGAUCAUGGGCGAGCCGUCGUUCACAAGUUCUUCAAAACGUUGAUGAGCAGCUUUCCUACCGGUUUGUUAAAAUUCUUCAAAACUUGUAUAACUUUUUUUGAAGAUUACGUUUCUUUCAUGAAGAAAACGAUGAAGUUGCUGCAACAAGACUUUCCGGAUAUCUCCAGCAUUAUUAUCGACUACAAAAUUGUCGAGAAGCAUGAACAGAUUUCUAUUCCUGAUGCAGCUCAAUAUGGUACCAGGCUGAAUAUUAAUAAACUGAACCUAUAAGAAAAAAUCAGAAUCAGAAUCAGAAGUAGAAGAAGUGACGAUCGGCCACGUUCAAGAAGUUCUCGAACACGCUUAUCCGAAUGGCCUCAAUCUUCGGUUCAUCGCCGAGGCUUUGAGGUUGUUUUUCUGGGAAUGCGGUAGAAAUAAUUCGUUCGUUUGAAGAUGUAAGGAAGAAGAAGCGUCGGCCUACCUGGCAGAGCUCGAAGAAGCCGGAAUCGCGACUUAUUUGGCGGAAAGCGACGAAUGGCUCAGGAACACCAGCAAAAGCCAGCCAACUACUAGGAAUGGUAGCUUAAAUUAAAAAGGGCUCGGAUUUUUAUUGAUCCUCAGGAAUCGAUCACGAUCAACCGACUGUUGCGAUUAUUACCUGUCUUUUUGUUGAAAAGCAAGCCAUGGAUUCCUUGAUUGAAGACAGGUAAGUGUGAAAAAUUUUUGUUUUCGCAGGAGAAAUUGAAAAAAUAUUUUUUCAGAGUUCUUUUGUUGAAAAUGUUUUGUAUAAACCUCCUUUUUCGUAUCUUUUCUGUUCAAGAAACUUUUCAUUACAGCACAUCGAUUCACAAAUACAAAACCGGGGGAGAAUCCAACGUUUACACCUUGGGAAGAAUUGGAAAUCACAAAGUUGUCGCGACGAAGUUGGGCCUCAUCGGCGACUCCCGAGAAGCCAUCACCAGUGCCGGAUCCAUCACGACAAGGUCAUCUUUUUGUUCAGCGAUGCAUCGAAAUCAUAAAACAGCGUUGUGAAAUCCUUUUUUUCCAGGUUGCUCGGAAACUUCCAACAAAUCGAGCACGUUUUCGUGGUCGGCGUCGGCGGGGCCGUCCCUCAUUACACGGAUGAGCGGCUUCAUGCUCGUCUCGGUAAAAACUUUCACUUUUCUAAAAAAAAAACUUCAGAAUAUUGUAAAUGGGGUUCUUUUGAACUUAAGAAAAGGUUCUUCAAAAGAAAAUAAGAGCAGAGAUUUCUCUGGAUCUCUAAAGCUUCGAAGGAUUUUUUAAAGAUUAGAAAGUGAAGAGAAGUAUCAGAAAAAACAUUUUAAUCCAGAAAAGAAUAAGAUUAUAUCGAAAAACCAGCUACUCUAAUUUGAUGAAAACUAGCAAGAAAGUUCAAUUUUAGAGAUACCGCGCUGGUUGAACUUCUAUAAAGUCUCAAAAAAAUUUUUAAAAAAAUAGCUUUUUUUCCCAAUUUUACUCGAAAAAAAACUUUUUCUCCCCUAGUUUUUUUAGAAAUCAUUUUAUUUUAAUAGACGUUGUGUCCUUUUUUUCAUGUUUCAAUCGAAAUUAGAAUGGUUUUUUUCCGACGUUUUAUUUUUAUACGAAGCAGAAAAAAAACUACUUUUAAAAUAUGAAAAAAACAAAAAAAUUUUUUUAACUUUGAUAAAAAUUUUUUUCUUCUGAAUACGGAAAACAAGUUAUUUAACCGAAAUUUGAUGUGAAUGUAUUCUCAAAAAUCAAAAAAAAUGAAGAGUUUUUUUGCAGGCGAUGCCGUGAUUUCUGCUUCAAAUCCUCAUGCCUACGUUUAUGCCCACGAGCUGAUGUUCAACCGUGAUACCAAACGUUCUAACCGGCUUCGGAAUCAGGUUUUUUUUUCACUUAUUCUAAUGGAAAAGCAAGUCUUUUGUAAUUUUAUUUCAUUUGAUUGAUCAUUAAUUAGAAAUAUUCAGAAACUGGGACGCUCCAGACAAAAGUAUUCAAAAUAUCGUGAGUGA